AUGGGGAAGAGCAGCAGACGUGCGCGGCGAAAGGAGCAAAUAUACGGCUGCUUCGGCGGCAGCAGCAGCAGCGAUGAGGGUCCUGGGGUUCCUGCUGCUGCUGUUGCUGGCGGUGGUCGCAGCAGCAAACGCAGGAGGCGCCGCAGCAGCAGCAGCAGCAGCAGCAGCGAAGAUGGAGGCUCAGGGCCCAUUCAAUUUGUAAAGGGUGGAAUGCUGCACCCGGAAGACCCUGACGAGAGCAAAAAGAAAAAAAGCAGCAGCAGCAGCAGCAGCAGCAAGAAGAGCAGCAGCAGCAGCAGCAAGCCGCGUGACACAGCUCCUGAGCCGUUUGCUUUUGAUAAAAGUCAGCUGAAGCUCUCCAUUAAGAAACCUCGCGGGGAGGAGCAGCAGCAGCAACAGCAGCAGCAGCAGCAGCAGCUGAGCAGCAAGGAUGCACAUGUGCUGCAGCAACUGGGUCUUGACUACUCGGAGAGCGAAGACGAGGCGAGCAGCAGCAGGCAGCAAAAGCAGCAGCAGCAGCAGCAGCAGGAGGACGAGAGUGGUUCUGGUGACGAUGCAGCAGCAGCAGGAGCAGAAGAAGGUGCUGCAGACGCUGCAUCUAGGGCAUCUGAGGGUGAAAACAUAGAUAGCGAGAGCAGCAGCAGCAGCAGCAGCAGGAGCAGGAGCAGCAGUCGGAGCCGGAGCAUAUCUCCAGAGUUUGUUUUUAAGCCAUCAUCAUCAUCAUCAUCAGCUCAGCAAGAUAAUAAUCAGCAGCAGGAUGAAAAUAAUAACAAUAAGCAGCAGCAGCAGCAGCAGGGCUGGUGCACAGCAAAGAUGCAGCAAGUGUACGGCAAGGGCUUUGAGCUGCUGCAGCAGAUGGGCUUCAAAGGCGGUGGAUUAGGCAGAGAGGGCAGAGGCCUCGUGUCGCCUUUAGCUGUUAAACUCCGCAAGAAGAACAAAGCGCUGCAAAACACAGGAGAAAGGCUGCGCCCAGGAGAACAAGGCGCCGAACCCAUCAAGGUUGUGCCGGAGCCUGCUGCUGCUCCUGCAUUAUUCAGAUGGCGUGAGACAGCAGCAGCAGCAGCAGCAGAACCUGCAGCAGAUGGAGGGGUGCAGCGGCUUCAGGGAGUAUCGCAAGACUGGAGAAGAGGAGAGAGAAGAAGAAAGCGGGUUGUAAGAACAGCAGCAGAGAUUGCUGCAGAAGGUCGCAUGCUGCAGCAGCAGCAGCAGCAGCAGCAGCAGCAGCAGCUCAGGGUAAUUGAUAUGACUGGACCCCAAGUGAGGCUGCUUGAAAAUGCUGCAGAAGUUGGAGAGGCGCUGCGGCAGCAGCAGCAGCAGCAAAUGCAGCAGGAGGAGGCGCUGCGGCUUAACGGAAGCAGCAGCAGCAGCAGCAGCAGCAUGAAGCAAGGCAGCGACAUCCCGCUGCAGCUGCUGCAGCAGGCUCUAAGGCAGCAGAUAAGAAAAGUAGAAAGAGAGCUUCAGCAAAUUGCUGCGCAGAAGCACCAGCAAGAGCAGCAGCUUCUUGAUGCUGCAGCACAAAAUGAACAGGAGCAGCAGGAGCAGCAGCAGCGCCACAUUGCAGCAGAACACACUCACCAACUUGCUGCUGCUGUGAGGUCCGCGUACACCCGAAUCAAACAGCGCAGCAGCAGCAACCAGCAGCAGCAGCAGCAGCAGCAGCAGACAGACCGCUGGAGCGACGAUGAAGCUCAGCCACAAAGCAGCAGCAGCAGCAGCAGCAGCAGCAAGGAAGAAGCAAAAGAACCAGAGUAUGAGCAUUUGACUGAUAUGAGCCCUAAAGCUUUGCUGCAGGAAGUGAAGAGAUGGCGAGACACCUGGCGUGAGGCUUUCUUUGAGCUGCAUGCAGCAGCUGCUGCUGCAGCAUUGCUGCGGCUGCUGCUGCAGCAGAUUUGCAGAACCUGGAAGCCCUUAGAAGCAACAGCACCGAAGUUUGCUGCUUCUGUUGGGCAGUGGUUUGGGGUGUAUACGAAGCUGCACAAAGAAGAAGAGGAGUUGUGGGUGCAGAAGCUGCAGCAGAUGCAGCAGCAGCAGCAGCAGCAGUUGUUGCUGUCGCAGCAGCAGCAGCAACAGCAGCAGCAGCAGCAGCUUGUAGCUGGGCGCACUUAUGAUUUGCUGCAGGAGGGUGUUGAGGAGACAGUAGGCUUUCAUAUACGCCGAGAGUUGCUGAAUGUAUGGGAGCCUACUGCUGCUGCUGCUGCUGCUGCUGCUGCUACUCUAUUCGAGAACUGGCUGCCUUCGCUGCCAGCUAAUUCAGGUUUGCUGCUGCUGCAGGAGCCUGCAGCGCAGCAGCUGCGGCGAGCCUUAGACUUGUGGGACCCCACAGCCUCCACAACCAGCAGCAGCAGCAGCAGCAGCAGCAGCAGCAGCAGCAGCACACCUCUGCAUAAGUGGCUGCUUCCUUUUGUAUCUCUGCUUCCUCGAAGGUUAGCAGAGAGAGAUUUGCUGCUGCCGCUGCAGCAGAAGCUGGUGAAUGUGCUGUCUGUACACUGCAAAGCUGAAGACAGAAGCUGCAUUGCUUUGCUGACGCCGUGGCGCAAGGUGUUCAGCAGCAGCAUGUGGAGUGAUUUGCUGCAGCGAGGAGUAGUGCCGCAGCUGCUGCAGCGGCUGCAGCAGCUGCAGAUUAAACCGCAGCAGCAAGACUUAACCCCUAUGAGAGAUGUGCUGCUCUGGGAGCCUCUGCUGCCUGUAGAUCUGCUUGCAAGAGUGCUGCACUCUGCUUUCUUUCCUCAGCUGCUGCAUGUGCUGCGGCUUUGGGUAGCAGCAGCAGCAGCAAAUACAACAGAAAUAAGAAGCUGGUUUGCUUCUUGGAGGUCGCUGCUGCCACCCCCGCUGCUGCAGCACCCAAUUGUUGAAAGAGGUUUUAAAGAAGCACUUAAACUCAUAGCAGCAGGACCUGCUGCUGCUGCUGCUCAACUGCAGCAGCAGCAGCAGCAGCAGCAGCAGCAGCAGCAACAGGGGAUGGUUUUCGGUUCUGAUGCGGCGUAUGCGGGUUCAUCAGCAGCAGCAGCAGCAGCAGCGAUGUGGCAGCAGGAGCAACUGCAGCAGCAGCUGCAGCAGCAUCAGCAGCAGGUGCUGCUUCCUCCUGCUCCUGCUGCUGCACCUCCUCCUACCCCUGAGCAGCAAAUGAAGGCUUCGCUGCUAGAGUUGCUGCAAGGAGCAGCAGCAGAAGAAGGGCUGUCUAUUAGGCCUAAA